UUGCUUCAUUCGGUGGCACACUGCACGUCACUUCCCCCACUCUCGCUCCAUCUUGUUCCCCGCGAGUUCUUUCCUUAAGUCUAUGUGUAGAUCAGUGAGGAGUUCCAAAAUAUAUUUUUCCCAGCAGUGUUUGUUCUUCCCUGCUCCAGCAAUACAAGAUGAAAGAAACUAUAAUGAAUCAAGAAAAACUUGCCAAACUUCAGGCACAAGUCCGCAUUGGGGGCAAGGGCAGUGCUCGCAGAAAGAAGAAGGUCAUACACAGAACAGCUUCUGCAGAUGACAAGAAACUUCAGUUCUCCCUUAAGAAACUCGGAGUCAACAACAUAUCUGGUAUUGAAGAGGUGAACAUGUUCACAAACCAGGGGAUGGUAAUCCACUUCAACAACCCCAAAGUGCAGGCCUCUCUAGCAGCCAACACCUUCACCAUCACUGGCCACGCGGAGAACAAGCAGCUGACAGAGAUGCUACCCAGCAUCCUGAACCAGCUUGGAGCUGACAGCCUGACCAGUCUCAGGAGACUGGCAGAAUCCCUUCCCAAACAGGCCGGAGAUAGCAAAGCAUCGAUUGCCACAGUGGAGGAAGAGGAUGAUGAUGUUCCAGAGCUGGUGGAGAAUUUUGAUGAGGCUUCCAAGGAGGAGGCAAUCUAAAGGACAGGGGUUGUUGGAAGAGGAUUAACACUUGACUGGGUGAUGGGACAGAAUAUAUUUUCUAUUUAAAUAUAUAUUUUAAAUAUAAAAAUAUUUCUAUUUAUAUACCUUUUAUUGCCAAAUGAUCUUUGGUGCUCAGGGGUUGUCCGUGUCCAGGUCAUAGAAAGGUUGUACCCAUGUGAGGUGUCCGUUUCUAAGGGAUGAACUCAGUCCGUUACCAAACUGUUUGUUGUCUGAAGCCUGGCUGAUACCCACAGUAUCCGAAAUAAACACUUUAUAUUGCCUAAAGGUUUUAGAACUUG